AUGGCUCCACCUCCCCAGGAGGCACCUCCUCCUUCUCCGUCCAGUUCGACAGCGUCUACUCCCACCGAGGAUCAAAUUAUUUCCAAUUGGAAGCUUUUCAACGACCUCGAGAACCGAGAGGAGGCCGAAGUGUUGGAGCUGUCACUUUUCUUGGAUGCACUCGUGAACUACAUCCCCGGUCUGGACGACGGCAAGCAAAAGCCGACAGAGCCCCACCCAGUGUCCCAACAGGACAUGGGCAACAUCGAUAUCGCCAACAUGUACGUGCAGGGAGACGAGCUGGACGAGGUUAUCACACUCAAGAACGUGGAAAGCCUCAUCGACUCGUGUCGAAAUGGCCGCAAGAUCCCACGUAACGUCGUGGUGCGUGUGAUUAAUGAAGCCAUCGUGCUGUUCCGCAAGGAUCCGACUAUGGUGGAGUUCCACAUCGCUCCUGCGAACCACAUCACCAUCAUCGGAGACUUGCACGGACAACUGGACGACUUGCUGCUGAUCCUCCGUGAGAACGGGCUGCCAUCCGAGAGCAACCCGUACUUGUUCAACGGAGACUUUGUGGAUCGUGGUGACCGCGGCGUGGAGAUCGCCGUCAUCAUUUACCUCUUCAAACUGCUGUACCCACGGCACGUACUGCUGAACCGUGGCAACCACGAAGAGAACUCGAUCACUCAAGUGUUUGGCUUCAUGAAGGAGUGCGAGGUCAAGUACGACCGAUUCGUGUACGAUCUCUUCUGUGAGAGCUUCCGCUAUCUCCCAUUGGCCACACUCAUUGACGACCGUGUGCUCGUGGUGCAUGGAGGAAUUCCUCGUGAGAAUAUUCUAGUCAAGGACCUGAACACACUGGAACGUGCUGGAUACGAUCUCACGCGAUACCGCACAAAGCCCAAGAGCCGCAAGGACCGCGAACCUCAUCGCAAGAUGCAGAUCAUCCGCGACUUGUUGUGGAGCGAUCCGAAGGCCUCCAAGGGCUACGAAGAGAACAAACGUGGCGCUGGUACAAUCUACGGUCCUGAUAUCGUGCAGAAGUUCAUGACCAAGAACAAAUUGGCUCUGGUUGUGCGCUCCCACGAGUGUGUCCCGCGGGGUUUCGACUGGCCAUACAGGGAGAAGGGGAUGCUGGUUACGCUGUUCUCAGCGUCCAACUACUGCGGUAAAGCCAACAACCUGGGCUGCUUUAUGCGCGUCCCUUCUGGCAAGGACAAACCUGCCUUCUUCCAGUACAUGGCGAGUGCCGAGAGUCGCGACAUGGCCGUGUCCAACCUGGAUGCUCUCUUCUCGCUCAUUAUCCAGUACCGAGCUGACUUGGUAGCGGAGUUUGAGCACUUUGACCAGGAGAAAUCGGGUAAGCUCGCAGUUCAGACGUGGGGCACCAUCAUGGAGGACGUGCUGGACUUGUCGUUGGACUGGAAAGCUCUUCAGCCGUUGCUGACUGCGCUGGAUGAAGAAGGAUUGGUGCCCUACUACGACUUCUUGGACCGAUACAACGCGGAAGGAGCAGUGAAACGCUCUGAGAGCGAGGAGAAGGCCGACCCGGAGCGUGAGAAGCAACGAAGCGCCUUCAACUCGCUGUACCGACAUCGCUCUCGUCUUGAGGCUCUCUUCCGUGUACUGGAUCGUGACGGCAACGGUACAAUUUCUGUGGACGAGUUGGAGAAUGGUAUCAAGGUGUUGAACGAGCAUUUGCCUCCUGGAACGAAGCCUUUCAGCACCAACGGUAUGGACUACAUGCGUAUGAUGGACUUCAGUCACGACAACGAGAUCAACAUCAACGAGUUCAUGGAAGGAUUCCGUAUCAACGCCAAGCUCACAGUUCACGCAAAGUGGAAACGCGCCAAAAAGAAGAUUAAGGCGCUCAGUGCCAUCGGUGCAUUGCGUGGGUUCUCACUGCCCAGUAGCGCUACAGCAGCUGCGUCUGGUGGAUCGGGUGGUGUAGUAAUAGCCACCCUCGACGAGGCUGACGAGCUAGCAGAAGCCAAUCUCAACUCUCCUGUGUCGGAUCCGGAGCUUAUGACAGUUCCGAAUGCCUCUGCACCCCCGAAAUUCACCCGACAUGGCAGUGUACAGAUCAUCGCUCCGUCUGCUGCAGUGACUGCGCCCAUGGAUCUCAACGACGUUGAAGUGGAUCUCGAUGAAGGCGCAGAAAUUGUCGAGGAACGCAAGUAAACAGUGCAAAGCUGCAUUAGAAAAAAAUGUCAUUUUGCUGUA